AUGGGCAACCCACGGGCGAUACAAUUCCUAUAUGAUACUGUAGCCCAUAGGAAACCAGAUUAUAUCUUUUUAUGUGAAACUUUGUGUCGUAAGGAUGUGUUGGAGCGAGUUCGAGCUAAGUUGAAGUUUGAAGGUAUGUUUGCGGUUGAUGCAUGUGGUAGGAGUGGGGGGGUUGCUUUACUAUGGAGGAAUAAGGAAGACGUCAAAGUAUUGAACUAUGCCACGAAUUUUGUGGAUGUGGAGGUGCGGCCUACUGAUGUUGGGGAGUGGCGACUUACGGGGUUCUAUGGGGAAUCUAAGAGAAGCUUGCGUGGGGCUUCUUGGGAGCAACUCCGGACGUUGGCUCGUGGAAACACUCUUCCUUGGUGUGUAAUUGGUGACAUGAACAAUGUUUUAUCUCAAGAAGACAAAAAAGGGGGACAUCCCUAUCCUAACUGGUUAGUUGACGGCUUCCGGGACACUAUUCAGGAGUGUGGGUUAAUUGAUUUAGACAUUGUGGGGCAUCAGUUCACUUGGGAGAAAAGUCGGGGAACCGAUAAUUGGAUAGAGGUCCGUUUAGAUCGUGCUCUGGUGACAGACAGAUGGCUCAAAAUGUUCCCACGGGCUAAACUUAUUAAUCUCGAGGUAUCUUCUUCUGAUCAUUGUCCCAUUUUCCUUGACUUGGUUCGGCAUAAUAUAGCUACCGGGAGUCGCAAAUUUCGCUUUGAAAAUUGCUGGCUUCGGGAACCUCUGUGUUAUCAGGUGGUAAAGGAGUGUUGGGAGGAGUAUAAUCUAGCGGGUAUCCAAGAGAAAAUACAACGGUGUGGGGAAUCUCUUUCGGUUUGGGGCAAAGAUUAUUCGGGUAAUUUUGCUUCUCGUAUAAAAUAUUGGAAGAAGGAGGUGAGGCGGUGGAAGAAAGGUAGAGAUCCUGAUGCUAUUUCUAAAUAUAAGGAAGCUGAGACAGAACUUUUUGAAGUUCUUACUCAGAAGGAGGUGUUUUGGCGUCAACGAUCGAAACAAUUGUGGCUUCAGGAGGGGGAUAAAAAUAGCAAAUUUUUCCAUGCAACAGCUUCUUCUCGGCGCCGUAUGAAUGCUAUUGAUAAACUCCAAUGCGACGAUGGAAGUUGGGUUGACUGGGAAUCGGGUCUAUCAGAUGUCAUGUGUUCUUACUUCCAGAAUCUGUUUACUAGUUCCAACUGUACUAUGGAUGAUGUUCUUGAUGGGAUUUCUGCUACUGUGACUUCAACUCAGAAUGACUCUCUCUUGCAACCUUUGACUGAUGAGGAGGUAAAAGAUGCUCUAUUUCAGAUGCACCCAGAUAAAUCCCCUGGACCCGAUGGCAUGACUCCAGGUUUUUAUCAAAAGUGUUGGGCAAUUGUGGGUAAUGACGUCAUCAAACAGGUCCGCUCUUUUUUCUUAUUUGGACAGUUGCCUACUGGUCUUAAUCAUACUAAUUUAGUGUUGAUCCCUAAGAAGAAAAAUGCCACUACUAUGGGUGACAUGCGCCCGAUUGCUCUUUGUAAUGUCCUCUACAAGGUUUGCUCCAAGGUUCUAGCUAAUCGGUUGAAGCAUGUUCUUCCUGCAGUCAUUUCAGAGAAUCAGAGUGCUUUCAUUCCCGGGCGUCUUAUCACUGAUAAUAUUAUGAUUUCGUUUGAGGUGAUGCAUUAUCUCAAGCGGAAAAGAGUUGGAAAGGAAGGUUAUAUGGCUCUCAAGCUUGAUAUGAGUAAAGCGUAUGACCGUGUUGAGUGGCUUUUUCUUAAGAAUAUCAUGCUAAAAAUGGGCUUUAAUGCGAGUGUGGUUGAUCUUAUUUUGCAUUGUGUCUCAACGGUUUCGUACACUAUUACUCAUGGGGGUCGUGAGAUGGGGCCAAUUGUUCCUGGAAGGGGUAUUAGACAGGGAGAUCCGCUCUCUCCUUAUUUAUUUCUUUUGUGUGCUGAAGGAUUUUCUUCUCUCAUAAAAAGAUUUGAAGUUCGGGGAGCUCUUCAUGGUUGCCGUGUGUGUAAUGGUGCCCCCAUAAUUUCUCAUAUGUUGUUUGCGGAUGAUUGCUAUAUCUAUUGUAAGGCUAUUGAAAGGGAGGCUCGUAGUGUUCUUCUUCUGCUUCAACUAUUUGAACAAGCCUCAGGUCAGUGUGUUAAUUACUCUAAAUCUACUAUCUUCUUUAGCCUCAACACAACUUCGGCCUCUAGACAAGAUAUGUGUAAUCUUCUUCGAAUGAAUGAAGCUCCUGAAAACAGUUUGUAUCUUGGCCUUCCUUGUAUCAUGGGCCGUAAUAAGAAUGCUAUUCUUGGCUUCUUGAAGGAUAAGAUGCAGAAGAGAAUUCAGAGUUGGGAAGGUCGCUUGCUCUCAAAAGCCGGAAAAGAGGUAUUGAUUAAAACAGUGGCUCAAUCUCUUCCUACAUAUGCUAUGUCUGUUUUCUUGUUGCCGGUGGAAACCUGUAAUAAGCUAGAGGGUAUGAUGAGCAAAUAUUGGUGGAGUUCGGGAUCCAAUCAGAACCGUGGGGUAAGUUGGGUGAGUUGGAGGAAGCUGUGCCGUCAUAAGCAUCAUGGGGGGCUUGGUUUUCGAGACUUAAGGGAUUUCAACUUAGCCAUGUUGGGAAAACAAGCUUGGAGGUUAGUUACAAAUGCUCAUUCUCUUGUUAGUCGGGUAUAUAAGGCCCGAUAUUAUCCUCAGGGUUCUUUUUUGAGUGCUUCUCUUGGGCCGAAUCCUAGUUUCAUAUGGAAGAGUAUUUUUGAAACGCAAGCUUUGAUUAAGGAGGGAGCUCGUCGGGGGGUUGGUCCAGGUACGAAUAUUAGUGUUCAAUUUGACCCGUGGCUUGCGGAUGAGUCUCAACCGUGGGUUACUUCUAGAGCUACUGGUAUGGAGACGUGGACGGUUAAUAAUCUCAUGGUGGUAGGAGAACGGGCUUGGGAUUUAGAGGUGGUUUCAGAUAUAUUCAAUGACCGAGAUAAAGAGAUCAUCAUUCGAACUAACAUUGAUCAGGAGACUCCUAUUGAUACUUGGUAUUGGCAUAAGGAUCUUUAUGGGUUCUAUACUGUGAGGGAGGCAUAUCGGUUGCUGCAUCAUUCAGAGAUCACUAAUACUAGUGAGUCUGAGAUUAAGAUAUGGAAAAUUGCAUGGAAGCUUCAUGUCCCUCCCAAAGUGCACCAACUCAUGUGGUGUGCUUUAUCUGGUUGUUUGGCUACUAAGGUUCAACUUACCACCAAACAUAUUCCUCUAGACCAAGCUUGUCCUAUGUGUAACCAGGUGCCUGAGACCAUUUACCAUUUGUUGGUGCAAUGUUCUUUUGCACGGUCUUGUUGGCAUCUUUCGGUUCUAAAUUGGAGUCAUACGCCUAUGGAGUCUUUUUGGGAUUGGUUUAGCCACAUUCUGCUACAACACUCAUCCACGGCCCAGGAAGAAUUGCCCAUGGUUCUUUGGGCGAUUUGGUAUGCCCGAAAUGAGGUGGUUUGGCGGGACAAAUCAAUGUCAGCGGCAGAGGUUAUUCUAUUGGCAAGAGUAGUCCUUAAUCAAUGGAGAAAUGCUCAACAAAGGAGAAUGGGGUCUUUACUUGUUCCUACGGGUUCAAGAGAGGACUUAGAGCAUUGGGUGAAACCAGUUAUGGGAAAGAUUAAGGCUAAUGUCGAUGGUGCAAUCUUUGCAAGUGAUGGUCGAUUUGGAGCGGCAGGGGUGGCCCGGGAUUCUCAGGGUCGAUUCAUUGAAGGCUUCACAGUCUUACGAGUGGGGUGUGUGGAUUCGGCUAUGGCCGAAUUGGUAGGGGUUAAGGAGGCCUUGAGUUGUAUAAAGAGGAAACAUUGGGGUCCGGUUGAGCUUGAAACCGAUUCUUUGGUUGUUGUCCAGGCAGUCCAAAGCACGGUGGAGAUACCUUCUCCUUUUGGCCUUCAGGUGGCGGUUUGUCGCUCUCUUUUAGCCGAUUUGCCAUUAGUCUCAAUUAAUUUUGUUAAACGUUCUGUAAACAAAGCUGCACAUUGUCUUGCUCGUAGCUCUUGUUUCUAUCCAGAUCGUAUUUUUAGAGAGGAUGAUGUUCCUCCUGAUUUUCUUUCUAUUGGGCAUUCGAACUGGGCAAAGGAAGUGGAGGAUGAAAUUACUGAUGAAACGGACCAGAUUCACUUCCAAGAAUCGGCAAGAAGUCAUUGGAAGUCAUUUAAAGAAGAGAAGUUGGUUUAUAGGGAUCCCAAGUUGAAAUUUACUGAACCGAUUAUCAAGAAUGGUAUCAAGAUUGCCCAACUUGAUCUAGAAGAGGUUAAAGAAGAGGCUGCAAACUGGAAUUCAGCAGUGAUAUGUAUGGUUCUUGGAGCUAAUCCUCCUAUGGCUGUGUUCGAAGGCUUUAUAAAGCGGAUUUGGGGACAUCUAGGGAUAAAACAGAUUGUGAAGAUGACUAGGGGAUUGGUAAUGAUCAAUUUUAAUGAUGAAGCUUCGAGAGACCAGGUGUUAGAAGCAGGGGUUCUCCAAUUUGACAGAAAACCAGUCAUUGUAAGACCCUGGACUUCUGAUCUCAAUUCAGUUAAACUUGUUCGUUCGGCGCCUCUUUGGAUUAGACUCCAUGAUCUUGGCCUCCAAUAUUGGGGAACCAAUUGUCUUAGUGCGUUAGUUAGUACUGUUGGGAAACCAAUAAUGGUGGACCAGCAUACUAAAGAUCGUACAAGGGUUCAAUUCGCCAGGGUCCUAGUUGAAAUGGACAUAACUGAUACGCCUCUGAGAACCAUACAAUAUGUCAAUGAAUAUGGGCAGAUUGUUGAUCAAAAUAUCGAUUACGAGUGGCUUCCGGUUAAGUGUAAAAGUUGUAUGGGGUAUGGACACAUUAUGGCGGAUUGCCAAAAGGGAGAGAUGAAGCAAAAGCAGCAAGAAUUGAAGGGCAGAGACUCGGCUCAGCCUAAUGUGCAAGUGCAGGAAAACAAGGAAAGGAAUAAGCAGGCUGAGGCUACUGCUACUAGGGAGAUAAAUUCGCAGAAGGAAAAUGGUGCAAGGGCUCAGAAUAAAGAUUGGGUUACUCCGAGAAAAACUUUCUCUUAG